AUGGCCAAAAAAAUUGCCAAGAAGGAAGUGACAGGCAGGAACUGGCAUCAAGACGCUGAAGAGGAGGGAACAUUCUCACUGGCCAGUGAGGACGUCCUUAGGAAUAGAACCAUAAAGAGAGCCAAACGGAGACAUGCCCGACUCCAGAGCAAUGGUAGAGGGACUUCCAAAGGGAUGAAAAGUUUGCCCGUGCCUUCGGGAAGAGAAGAAAUUGGCGGUGGCCCUGAAAAGAAGCCUCUGGAAGGACUGACAACCAGAAAGAACACAGCCCAAGCCGCCGCAGAGCCCAAGGGAGACUUCGGUUCCGUAACUGCAAAUGAGCCCACGUCUAUGGACCCUGAACAGAUCUCAGAUCCCCAGCCUAAUGGCCACAGUCAGCCUCCUGUCUCCCCCAGCCUUGCUUUCAGUCAAGCCUGCGCUGGGAGCAUCUACCACAGGCAGUUGACUGGCCUGAACUGCUCGGUCCGGGACUGGAUAGUGAAACACGUGAAUGCGAAUCCGUUCUGCGAUCUGACGCCUGUGUUUAAACAAUACGAGAAAUACUUGACCGCCAUCGAAAAGCAGCUCCACAGCAGCUGCGGCUGUCUCUCCGAAAGUGAGCUCAGCAGGGACCCGGCUGGGACACAGCCUCCUUCCCUAGCUGUCGCCACUGACCAGCAACCAGAGCCGGGCCCACCUGAAAAGGCGGAGCUCACGUCUGAAAGGAGAGCAGACCCACCACAAAGAGCCACAAGCGCCUCGAGCAACUCGGGCAAGAUCACCGAAAGCCAAGCGUGGGCUCCCUUAAGCUCUGGCCCCGUGGAUGGCGUCUCAUCAUCCACCAGAAGAUCCAGCUCGAACGGGAAAGGCAUCGCCCAGAAGAAACCCGUGUCUGCCAGGGCUCUGGAGAGUCCAGCACUAGGCAGCAGCGAGGAAAGCGAAAGCAGAAGGAAUGAGUCCCCCAAGGCGGCCCCGGUGGAAGAGAAGGAGGAGUGCCCUUUCUACUCCAAAAGGUGUAAACUAUUUUACAAGAAAGACAACGACUUUAAAGAAAGAGGCGCGGGCACGCUGUCUUUAAAAGCCACGGCCAAUCAGAAGACUCGGCUUUUGGUGCAGGAUCCCAGGUUGGGCAACACCCUCCUGAACGUUCUGGUGCCGCCCAGCAUGCCCUGUAGCAGAAUGGGGAAAAACAACGUCUUAAUCGUCUGUGUACCCAACCCGCCGCUGGAGAAGAACGCCGCCGUCGAGGCCACCAUGCUAAUUCGGGUAAAGUCAAGUAAGGACGCCGAUGAACUGCACAGAAUUUUACUGCAGAAAAUGGAUGCCUGAGCACACAAAAUCCACCGGGGGAGCUUGCCAGCUUCCUGCUUCCUUGCUCUUGUCCCCCGCCCCCAAAAGAUAGUUCUUCAUCUUCUUGCUUAUGAUACCCUAAGAACUUCCGGAUAAGAAAAUUUUUGUGAGCACAGUUAAGGCCAACAAAAAGUUCAGUUGAGUGUGGAGAAAGUGCUCUCCCUUUUUAAGAGCCGCCUAG